UGGAUUCACCUUUAUACAGCGCAGCAAAAAUUUAGAGGGAGGCCAAAUACAAAAGGGGAAGUAUUCAUUCUUCAAGAAGCAGCUGAAGACUGGCCACGUCUGGGAGCAGAACCUUAUUUUGUCUCCCUCACCCGAUUGCACAUUUUCAAUCAAAUUCAAGGAAAGUGAGCUAACCAAAGAAGAAAGGAAUCACAGAGAUGCAGGAAGGCGCUGCCAAGAAAAACUCUCGAGAGGAUAAGGGAGCAAAGGAACCUAUGCUGGAAAUGAAAGGGGACGGGAACAUAUAUACACUUGCCGGUAGCCUACCUUCAGCAGAGGAAGGAGAACAAAGCGACUAUAUGGGAUUGCAAAGCCCGUCGGAAGACAUCUAUUUGAGUGUUUUGGAACCACCCAAACAGACAGCUAAACAGGCCCAAGAUGCUGUGAGGCUUUACCGUGUUGCCUGCUUGAUCCUGAGCGUCCUCUGCUUGGUGCUGCUGCUGGUUGUCAUCGUCCUCACGAUGAAAAUGAAAACUGGAUCCGAGACCUACCCGGUGACCUCAGUGAGUUGGGCUCCGCCAAAGUGCAACAUGGAACAGUGCAGGGCUUUCAUUCUCCAAGAUCGAGACCCAUUGACAACUGGAUCCGAGGCCUACCCGGUGACACCAGUGAGUUGGGCUCCGCCAACAUGUAACAUGGAGCAGUGCAGGGCUUUCAUUCAGCGAGACCAAUGCCCCCCGGGGUGGCUGAGACUGGACCAGUCCUGUUUCGUCUUUUCCACGUCCAGGCUGAGCUGGGAGGAGAGCCAGACGAACUGUUCGGGGUUAGGAGGAUCUCUGGCCGUGGUCAGCAGCCCCAAAGUGCAGACCUUCCUGACUAAAAAUGGAAACAGCCUACUAUAUUGGAUCGGUUUGAGCAAGGGCAGAGGGGAUCAGUGGACCUGGGUGGACAACACCACCCAGGUACUGAGUUAUUGGGGACCACACCUAAUAAGAGGGAACUGCGCGUUACUUAACAACAGACUUCAUCCUGAGAGCAACUGGGUGAUGGCUGCCUGCAGCUCAUACUCGUACUACAUCUGUCAGAUGAACCUCUGUUUCGCACCUCACCAGGAAGCCUCCUCUCGUGCAUCCACUUGAGGAAACCUAAACGAGAGACGGCCUACAAGUUGACAUACAGUACAUGCCACUGCAUACUUUCUCUGUUGCAACUAUUUCUUAUAUAUCAUACGCUAACCACAAUUAUUACACCGGAUGUCACUAUGUUUUAAUGUGCACUCUUAUUUAGAGUGGGCUCUCAACAUUUUAUAAAGGUUUGAGGAAUUUGAAAUCCAAUUCACCUUUUCAAAUCGCAAAAUUAUCCAUAAAACAAUUCCACCCUAAACCAUGAAAACUUGUUUGUUGUGAAAUAAUCAUGUGCUUCUUUUCAUUUUUGGAUUUAUUUUCUUCAUUGUAAAACAGAAAAAGGUGAACUUAACACACUGACAACAGUGACAUUUUGGCCUUAAAAAUAUCAUUUUGAUUAAAAAGCUUGGACAUUAGCAACGCUGUUCUUGUGGGAUAAACCUUACAUUGGGUGAUGAGCUAACAGAUUUUUUAAGCACUUUCUACAUUUCACAGUUCCACGGUAUUAUCUUCACCUGCAUGUAAAUAAAUAAAGAGAUUUAGUUUUAUUUUUCUCCACACCAAUACCAAACCAGUUUGCCAAAUUGAUAAAACAAAAUUAAAAGUUUGGUGUUUGA